AAACAAAAUUAUGCUCCCGAAAAUCGUUUAAUAUUUUAAAACGGUAUCGUUUUUUUUUUCGUCUCCAGACAAGACGGUUAACGAGGCGCGUAUCAACAACCCCCAAUAAAAACACGAUAGUGCGGCGGGCAUGACGUGCGUGAACGGUUUCUGGCCAAAGUCUCGCUCCCGAUUACAUCGUACGCGACCGGCAGGAUCCUAAGAAGGGGUCAAAGUACAGCACAAGUCACGGAAGUGUCCGCAAGCAAAGGAUGGUGCUGGCAAGGAAGUGGAUGUACGUGCGGCGCCCGGAAGGGGAACCGAAGGAGACCGAUUUCGCGCUCAAGGAGGAGGAGCUGCCGGCCCUCGAGGCGGAAGAUUUCCUCGUCGAGACGGAGUACUUCAGCCUGGAUGCGGGACUGCGCGGGUACAUGGAGCUCGGGGCCCUGCCCGUCGGCAGCCCCGUCAUCGGGAUGGCCCUCGCGAAGGUGAUCGAGUCGCGGAACGCCCAGUUCCCGGUCGGUGCGGUCGUCUGUGCCCGGCUCGGCUGGGUCACGCACGCCGUCCUGAACCAGCAGCAGCAGAAGGAGCUGCGGCCGUACAUCGUGCCGGAGGUGGCGGGCCAAUCGCGGGCGGUCGGGCUCGGUCCGCUCGGCCUGUCCGGCAACACGGCGUACUUUGGCCUGCUCGAGAUUUGCAAACCGAAGCCGGGCGAAACGGUGGUGGUGAGUGCGGCGGCCGGUGCCGUCGGCAGCCUGGUCGGCCAGAUCGCGAAGAUUAAGGGCUGCCAUGUGGUGGGGCUGGCCGGCACGGAGGAAAAGUGCGGGUGGCUGCGCGAGCUCGGCUUCGACGCGGUCGUCAACUAUCGGGCCGGAUCGGUGCGGGAGCAGCUGGCCGCGGCAACGCCCCGCGGCGUCGACUGCUACUUCGACAACGUGGGCGGCGAGCUGACGGAGCUGGUGCGCGAGCGCAUGAACCUGUACGGGCGCAUCUCGGUGUGCGGCGCCGUUUCGAGCUACAACGGGCAGCCGGCCCAGGUGGCCGACCCGCAGCGCGACUACGUCUCGAAGCAGCUCCGGCAGGAAGGGUUCGUCGUCUUCCGGUGGCUGCCCCGCUGGAUGGAGGGCAUCGGCCAGAUGCGCGAAUGGCUCGAGCAGGGCAAGCUGGUCCACCGGGAAACCGUGUACGAGGGGUUCGACAGUGCGCCGCGCUCGUUCAUCAGCAUGCUGCAGGGCGGCAACAUCGGCAAGGCGGUCGUGAAGGUGUAGUGCGCGCCCCGCCCUACCGCUGUCGCUCUUUGCACGGGGGCGCCGGCUCGUUCCCUCCGCCGUGGUACCGCCGGCAGUGGUUCUUCAGCAGACACUUGUACUGGAAGCGCUUGUCGCAGUCGGCGCACGGGUACGGCUUGUCGUUCGUGUGGAUGCGCAUGUGAACCCGGAGUGUGUACGCGAUCGUGAACCGCUUGUUGCACACGCCGCACACGUGCUUCCGGUCGUUGCUGUGCGUCUUCAUGUGCUUCCAGAUAGCGCGCCUGUGGGUGAGGGAAUUGCAUAGGAAAAACACAAGAUACGUUAGAUCAAAUUUUACACACUAUAAGCCAACUCGGUUCAACUGAAGCAUUUUCUUGUUAAGCCUUCCGUUCAUUUUAACACAAACGUCCCACUUUGCUGGAAUUUAAUCAAAAUAAUAAAUAAUUAAUUUUCAAACGAAA